AUGGAGGCAGAACAACCAACUGCAAUUGAAAUUUUUACAUGGUAUAGAGAACUAAUCAAAAAAAUAGAAGAGAGAAAAAAACAAAAAUUUGUACCAUUUUUAGCCCAGCAAAUUUUAAUCAAAAAAGGCGACUCAGGUCAGCUCGACUCCAAAAAACUCUUGUUAAUUAUUGAUACUUUUUACGAGAAUUGCUUGAAAUACUUGAAUUUGUGGGAAAACAAUUUUGAAGAAAUUAAAAAUUUUAAUUGGGUUUUAUUAAAAGAAAAACUAGAAUGGGCUUCAAUUCACAAUUCUGCGGAAAUAAUUAAUAAACAGUUAUCUAGUAAUGUUAUUAACUUUGAUGAUUUGUUUGAUGAAGUAUCUCAAAUUAAUGAUAUUUUGGAUAAAAGCAAAAAGGCUUUGGAUGAAUUAAAUACUCCCGAAGAAAAAUGGAAAUCCAUAUUCUCUGCAUCCGAAGAUGGUAGUUUAAUGAAUAUAAAAAAAUUGUAG